CUAAAUACGGGUGGGAGUAAAUAACGCUGUAGCGGCGGUUUCAAUGAAAAGUCUCGGUGCUCGGUUCUGCGCAUGCGCACGCGCACAGAGGUUAUCGAAAUAUGGCGGCCAGGUCUUGUGAAAACUACUGAGAUCUGCUUCAAUUUCGACAGAUUCGCGCAGGUUGGGAGCCACAGUGUGUGUGUGUGCACGUGUGCGUGUGUGUGCGUGUGUGUGUGUGUGUGUGUGUGUGUGUGUGCGUGUGUUGUGGAGCUGUGGUAGCCAAUGAACAGCAUGGGCAGGACAGCACUGAAAGAUCAGAAGGAGAGUAAGAAGGAGAAGGCGGGCAGGAGUACUCCUGUCAACACAGGACCUGCACCAGUUAAAGCCCCUGAGUCAUUCUCAUGGGAAGAGUAUCUGAAGGAGACGUCGUCCACACCUGCCCCUCCCAGCUGCUUCAGACAGUCUCGCCUCCCUCCAUCAAACGACUUCAAGGCUGGUAUGAAGCUGGAGGCUCGCGAUCCUCGUAAUUCCACUUCCGUCUGCAUCGCCACGGUGAUGGGCAUAACAGGCAUCAGGCUUCGUCUACGCCUGGAUGGCAGCGACAACACCAACGACUUCUGGAGACUGGUCGACUCCUCGGAUAUUCAGCCAAUAGGAACGUGCGAGAAGAAUGGAGAUAUGCUGCAGCCGCCGCUGGGCUUCAGGAUGAAUGCCUCCUCAUGGCCCAUGUUUUUAUUGAGGACGCUGAAUGGGGCAGAAAUGGCGCCAGCGUCUGCAUUCAAAAAGGAACCUCAGAGGCCCACUCAGAACAGUUUCAAACCAGGCAUGAAGCUAGAAGCAGUGGACAAGAAGAACCCUUACCUCAUCUGUCCUGCAACCAUCGGUGAGGUCAGAGGUGAAGAGGUGUUUGUGAUGUUCGAUGGCUGGAGAGGCGCGUUCGAUUACUGGUGCCGUUAUGACUCCAGGGACAUCUUUCCUGUGGGCUGGUGUGCGGUGACCAAACACAGCCUUCAGCCUCCGGGGAACAGCAUCACCAUCCCUAAGCCGCUGUCCGCACCUUCUUCUUCCACUUCCUCCUCCUUUUCGUCUUCACCGUCCAAGCAGACGCGGCGCUCCAUGCAGUCUUCAUACCGCCUGCCCACACCGCUCCCCCCUCUGCCCGUGAGGAAGGGCGUGAGGGGCCGGCGACCCAAAAGCGAGACCAUUGCCCUGCUCAAAGCCCUGGCGGCAUCGUCAGGCGCUCAGAGUCCAGGGGCUCAGAUGAGUACCACAGUGCCCGAAUCUGCCCCACAGCUUGUCCCACGCCCUCACAAGAAGAGAGGACCCAAACCAGGAAGCAAGAGGAAGCCCAAACUCCUGCAGAGCUCCUUGUCAGCACCAGCAGGUUCAGACUCCAGACUUCCGUCUUCUCAGGUGUCCAGGGAUGGCCUGCCUCCACUGAGCUCUCCAUCCUCCGUGGUGUCCACAGUGUGCGUGUAUGUGAAUAAACACGGGAACUGCGGCCCUCAUCUGGACCGCAAGCAGGUGCAGCGGCUGCCGGAUCACUUCGGACCUGAGGCGGUGAACCUGGUGCUGCAGCAGACAGUGCAGGCGUGUUUGGACUGCGCCUAUCAGCCCAAAGUGCUGCUGGGAUGCCUGCAGAAUCAGCCAGAUGGUGGAGAGGUGGUGCGAGUGCGGACGGACGGAGGGACACGGACGGUGAAGCUGCCGUCGGCGUCCAGCGCCGCAUUUGUUCUACGAUUCCUGGAGAAAGUGUGUCGACACCUGCAGUGCGAUAACCUGUUCAGCAGCCAGCCGUUCAGCCCCUACAGCAGCUACGACAGGAGCAAGUCAGUGAAAGAGGAGAUGUCAGAGGCGCCGGCACUAAACAGAGGAGUAAAGCGGAUCUCUCGAGACUCUCCGCCGUACUCCGCCCCCCUGUCCCCUAAGAUACUCCACUCGGAUACACACCCUUCCGAAGCUGAGACCCUGCCCCCAGAAGAAAACGGUUUACUCAAGGAGCAACGCUUCAUGGACUCCGCCUCCAACUCCAUGACACCCCGCCCACAGACGCUACGAAGCACCUCCGAAUACCAGUCCCAACCCAGCAGUCCAUACUACCACGGCAACGGCCCUCCCUUGCGUCGCCACGCCUCCAACCCCCCGACUCGCACCCACAGACGAGUAGAAGCUGCCAGCUCCACUACAGGUCCAGAUACAGCAGCGGUGGAGUGCGAGACUCCCAGAAUUCCCAGCGGCAGAAGCCCUUCUUCCUGGUCUAUAGAGGAAGUGAUGCAGUUUGUGCGAGACGCAGACCCGACGGCGUUGGCGCCACAUGCUGAGCUGUUCAGAAAGCAUGAGAUUGACGGUAAAGCCCUGAUGCUUCUGAGGAGCGACAUGGUCAUGAAGUACAUGGGCCUGAAGCUCGGCCCCGCCCUCAAACUCUGCUACCACAUCGAGAGACUCAAACAGGGCAAGCAGUGAGGAUUAAACACACACAGACACACACAGUAACAGGAUUAAAUGCAGGUUUAUACAUGCAGUACUGGUCAGCUUUACAGUACUCGAUUAGGCUCAGUAUUGGGUUAAGCUCAGCAGUACUGAAUUAGGUUUUAAAUAUUGGAUGAAGCACAGCGCUGGACACAGCUAAACAACACGGAGUCACGGACGUGCGCUGCUUUUCAUCCAUCCGAACCACCAAACAACUCCGCAGACAGACAGCAAGCGAUGACGCACAGCAGAUCACGUCGGGAGUAAACUCUGGGACACAGCAAGAGAUCCGGGCAGCAAUAAUAAUAAAAAAAAAACAGUCCUACACACACUACCUGCCACUGAGAGAGAGAGAGAGAGCUGAGCGACAAGUGAUCCAGAACCACCGCUGAACAGAUAUUAUUUGGCUGAUUCUCAGUGUGUGGCUUUGCUACGAGUGUAUCAGGCGCAAGCAGCAUAGCUGAAAACUCAUAUAUCAUAUACACGUGCAUCUUCCUGUCCUUUUUUUUGUUCCACUCUCUCUCAUAGUUCUCUUUUGUUAUUUUCCUUUUUUCUCUUCUUUGUUUCGCUCAGUCCUCAACUGGAUCACAUCCGCAAGAAAGCCGUCAUUCUAAACUGCCCCCCCAAAAGAUGUCGAUAUUUGCUCCGAUUAUUGUCGUAACGUGAUGAACACAUUUCUCCUCCCUACCUCCUGUCUGCAAUACAGAGACGGUCCACUCCUGCAGAGUCACUGCUGCGAAACCAAACAGCACUGCAAAUCGUUUCAUUUCUGUUUUGUUCUCUCUAUAUUUUUCUUUCUUUCUUUCUUGCCGAUACGGUCGCCGUGCUGUGUCUAGCGUGGGGUAGCUCAUCAUAAAUUGUGCCCCUCCCCCCCAUCUUCAACCUCUUACACAGCUUACCAAAUCCCAGUAUAUGGUGUAUACUACAGAAAUCAAAUAUAUGUAUUUUCAAGUAGAAAGUUGUAGAUGAUUUGCUUAAUACGCAUUUCAAACAAAUUGUAUUUUAUUAUUAAUUGUAAACAUUUUUCCACCUGGGAAGGUGGAUAAAAAUACGAGUAUGACAUUUCUAGUGUAAUUUUUAACCUCCCUUAAGUUAACUUUCUGACGCAUGAGGCUGCGUUCACACCGACGUUGAGGAAAGAUGGAGGAGAAACGCAGAAAGCCGUAAUCCGACUCUCCGAAUCAAUACGGGCGACUCAUGGCCAGCGUCAGCUCGGGAUUUUAGAGGAAAGAGGAGAGUCUGGAAUCAUAACCGCAUUUUAACCUUAGUGAAAUGCGACACGUUUGCUCACAUUCAUCACUAUAGAAUAAUACAGAAUAAUGAAAGUGCUAAAUAUUGCUUCAGACUAUUCAGAAUACUCCUCACUUUACAAUAAGCAUUCAUUUAAUAUAUAAAUAUCUUAGCAGACUAGCCCAGUCGUUAUAUACAGGACAUUUAUUCUCUUCUUCAGACCAAAACAAUACAUUUGAGGAAAACCUGUGUGAAGAUCAUCAGCGACAUCACUUUGUUUUUUUCUUCUUUUUCCAGAUCAAAAAAAUUGAUCUAGAAACCAAACCAAACAAACCAGCAGUGCAUUUAUAUACUGACCGAUCAAUUCUCUCAGAUGUCGGUAUGUUUUUGUGAGAGCAGCCUGAUGCAUCCAAGACAGUUUUUGUCGAUGUAUAUUGUUAUACAGUAUAUACAUAAAAAUGUGUGUGUGGCAGUCUGGGUAAACCCAUCAUAUGCCGCCGUUGAUGAAUUCUUACUGGAUGAAUCCUUUGACACUUCAAACCGGUAAGCAUUUUUCAUUGAAACGACGUGGACAUGUUUUUAUUUACUUUUGCCUAUGUUAUCUUCUUGUUUAGAUCACGUUGUGUAAGGAGCCGGUUUAACAAACACGCUGGUAAAAACAGUCACCCUGUCUAAAGAUGUCGAAAAUCACACUUGAUAGCCGAUUGUUAGUUUAGCCGUAUCGUAUACCGUUUUCGAGCCGGUGCUCCAACGAUACAGGAGACGGUGCUGAAAAGAAGCGCCGCGUCUAUCUGUCCAAAAUAGAAUCCGAGAUUAGAAUUAGCGUUACGUAUGGAUGCGUGGCUUAGUGGUUAGCAUGUUCGCCUCACACCUCCAGGGUCGUGGGUUCGAUUCCCACCGUGGCUGUGUGUGUGGAGUUUGCAUGUUCUCCCUGUGCUGCGGGUACUCCGGUUUCCUCCCCAAGUCCAAAGACAUGCAUGGUAGGCUGAUUGGUGUGUCCAAAGUGUCCGUAGUGUAUGAAUGUGUAUGUGAUUGGGCCCUGCGAUGGACUGGCACCCUGUCCAGGGUGUACCCGAUGCUCCCUGGGACAGGCUCCAGGUUCCCCAUGACCCUGAAAAGGAUAAGUGGUAUAGAAGAUGGAUGGAUGGAUGUGGAUGCGUCCUGGUGUGAGGGAAGGAGGGAUGCGGGGUUUUGUGACAGUUUGCUUCGCCGAAUUCAGCCAGUAAACUCGACGGACGGACGAGUGUAACGCGUGGGUCAUGCACGUUUUAGAGAGGUGUAAACGAAAUGUGGGGAAACAAAUCAAGGGAACAGUCGAUUAAAUGAUAUAAGGAAUAAUGAAAGAGGAAAAGCUGAAAAGCAAAAGAGUAGUUUGUUUACGGCGCGUAAUUAGGCAACGUUCUCUUCCGUUACAUGACGUGUUAGUACUGUAUGUCCCAGUACUCGCGUACUCUAUUGCUACACCCUCAAAAGUAUGUACUUUUACCUUCACAAAAAGAGUACCUACUUUUAGCACAUAGUAUAAGUAGGCGAAUCGGAACGCAACAAAGGAUUUUCUGCUUUUGUAGCGAAGACGAAAAUAAAGGCAGUUUUUUGUGGUAAAAUUUUUGUUUUCUCUCUCUGCCUGCUAGGAUUUCAAGUUGUUGUACCGUGGCGAAACGUAUAUAUAUAUAUAUCAAUAUAUAAAAGCCUCAUCAGUUUAGUCUGACGGUAAAAUGUCCACAAUGUUCAAUUUUGGUGGUAAACAGAUUUUAAAACGUUAUCGUUCUACGUCUGGUUGUGAGAAACGUUAACAUUCAAUCACAUGAAGGGUUUUCCCAGGCCGCCACACAAGAACGUCGAGUUUGUUGUCGUUUUUAAAAAAACAAAUAAUAAUUUUUCCUGUCGUUUGUUAUGGUGAAAUCUUCCUCUUGUUAAAAUAUUUGCAUGUAUAUUUUUCAUACUGUAUACACUUAUUACGCAGACAGGAUCGCCGAAGUCCAGAUCUGCGUUUUUAUUCGGAGCUGGCCGUUUUUUUUUUUUUCUUCAUGUCCUGCCGCCACAUCCUUCUCAACUCCUCCAGCAACGAAGA